AUGAAAGCUUCAAUCACACUCAUCGUUUUUCUUGGUGUACUAGCCGUCAGUUACUCAUGGAACACACCAUACAGUGGCGGUAGUCAGGGUGGCCGAGGAGGUCAACAGGGUGGACAAAAAGGAUGGCAGCAGCAACAACAAGGUGGACAGCAACAAGGUGGACAGCCACAAGGUGGACAACAAGGAGGAUGGCAGCAACAGCAGCAACAAGGUGGACGAGGUGGACAGCAACAAGGUGGACAACAACAAGGUGGAUGGCAGCAAGGAGGUCAGGGUGGUCAAGGACAACCAGGACGAGGAGGACAGCAGCAGGGCGGUGAUCCAUGGCAGCAAGGAGGCCAGGGUGGUCAAGGACAACCUGGACGAGGAGGCCAGGGACAACCAGGACAAGGACAACAGGGUGGCGAUCCAUGGCAGCAAGGAGGUCAAGGUCAGGGAGGUCAAGGACAGGGAGGUCAACCACAAGACUGUCCAAUGGGACAAAGACCCGGUCAGGGAGGUCAAGGUCAAGGCGGACAAGGCGGACAAGGAUUCGGAUUCCCACAGCAAGGCGGACGAGGUGGACAAGGUGGACAAGGAGGACGAGGUGGACAAGGUAUGGGAGGCGGUAUGAUGAUGGGAGGAGCUGGUGGAGAUUAA